UCUUUAUUUUACUUCAUGAUUGUACAGACACCAGAUCCUACAGUUCCAACCCCUGUCCCCAGAGCCACUGCAGAUGUGUCCAAUCCCGCUCAGCCAUGCAGGAUCGUCUCUACUGCUCCUUCUGGGGCAUUAUUGCAAGGUCCAUCUGUAGUUCAACUUCCUCAUUUGUGGUCUGAGACCAUACCACCAGAGGAUCACAAGUGGAUUGGCAAAAGGCUUUUCAAAAUUGGAUCCAAAGGAAAGCCAGCACUUCGUGAUGACCUCCAGCUCUGGUAUUACCCCCCACAACCAGCACUUAUUUACAAUCAGGCUCCAGCUCCAGACAGAUUCUUUUGUCAUACUCUUCUGCUGUGGAUGCCAUACAAGCUGUGGAGGGUUAAGGUUCUCUGUCCCAAUCCAGCCUGCGGACAACAUCAGCUGACAGGAGGUGGUCUGCACAAAAGGGCACGGCAGGUUCUAGACAUUGACAGAACAUACAAUAUGGUCACAGAAACCCUUAUCUGUACAAAGUGUAGAGCCUCGCAUGUGUCCUGGAGUCAGACUGUCCUGCAACAGCUAGAUCUGGGCCAUCGCUCUGAGUUUCAGGUCAUCCUCACGCGGAAGUACGCCUGUGAUAUGCGGGUCAUCAGGCUCUUGCGUGAGCGUGGCUUAGGCAAUAGUCCCACUAGGGUGAUAAAGCAGCUUUGUGAAAACCACAGCGAGCAGUGGCUCCAUCGUCUGGCCCGGUACACCACCCAAUGUGUUGACUUCCUCAAUCAACCCGGGGUGAUGCCAGUAAAUUUCCACACAGCAAAAUCCCCAGUGUUAAUUUAACACUCC